CGUGUGACCGCAGUCAGCCGUAGCUCCGGGCUCCCCAGGACGCCCAGUGAAGUGACGUUCAGCCGUUGGGCGGGCUCCAGUCCUCCUCAGCUUCACCCCGAGUGCUCGUCCCCGGCGUCCUAUGCUGCUAUCGCGGACGCGCACCGCGGAGGGAGCUGACUGACUGACCGGUUCUUGCUGGGGAGUCACCGCCAAACUCGACGUCUUGUCCCUGCUGGCCAUGCUGGCGCGGUGAGAGGGGGCGCCGCUCGGCGAUGGAUUCCUGGAGGGACUGCUUUCUGGUGCGCUGGGUCUGGCAGCAGUUGGGAUGCGACCCACCAAAUCACAGUGAAACACGUACCAUUUACGUGGCAAAUAGGUUUCCUCAGCAUGGUCAUUACGUCCCUCAAAAGUUUGCAGACAACAGGAUAAUUUCAUCUAAGUACACAGUGUUGAACUUCAUUCCAAAAAACUUAUUUGAACAAUUCAGAAGAAUAGCCAAUUUCUAUUUUCUCAUCAUAUUUCUGGUUCAGCUUAUGAUCGAUACUCCAACAAGUCCAGUAACAAGCGGACUUCCACUUUUUUUUGUCAUAACAGUAACCGCCAUCAAACAGGGCUAUGAAGACUGGCUGCGGCACAAAGCAGACAAUGAAGUCAACGGAGCUCCCGUUUACGUAGUCAGAAGUGGCGGCUUUGUUAAAACUAGAUCUAAAAACAUCAGGGUUGGUGACAUUGUCCGUGUAGCCAAAGAUGAAACUUUUCCAGCUGAUUUAAUACUGUUGUCCUCAGACAGAGUUAAUGGUUCAUGUUAUGUGACUACUGCGAGUCUGGAUGGAGAGACAAAUCUCAAGACACAUUUUGCUCUUCCAGAAACUGCAGUAUUACAGUCCGUUGCCAACCUGGACACAUUAAAAGCAGUGAUAGAAUGCCAACAGCCCGAAGCAGAUCUUUACAGGUUUGUUGGAAGAAUAACCUUGCAGGAUCAUUCAGAGGAUAUUGUAAGACCUCUUGGACCAGAAAACCUUUUGCUUCGUGGGGCAAGAUUGAAGAACACAAAGGAAAUAUUUGGAGUUGCUGUAUAUACUGGGAUGGAGGCAAAAAUGGCAUUGAAUUACAAGAGUAAAUCACAAAAACGAUCUGCAGUGGAGAAGUCCAUGAACACCUUCUUGCUUGUGUACCUGAUUAUUCUCCUGUUUGAAGCUAUUCUCAGCACCAUCUUGAAAUAUGCAUGGCAAGCAGAAGAAAAAUGGGAUGAACCAUGGUACAACCAAAAAACAGAACAUGACAGAAAUAGCAGUAAGAUUUUAAAAUUCAUUUCAGAUUUCCUGGCAUUUCUUGUGCUUUAUAAUUUUAUUAUCCCAAUAUCGCUUUAUGUGACUGUGGAGAUGCAAAAAUUCCUUGGCUCAUUUUUUAUUGGUUGGGACCUUGAUCUCUAUCAUGAAGAAAGCAAUCAGAGAGCUCAAGUUAAUACAUCUGAUCUAAAUGAAGAGCUUGGACAGGUAGAAUAUGUGUUUACGGACAAAACAGGCACAUUGACAGAAAAUGAGAUGCAGUUUAGAGAAUGUUCUGUCAAUGGAAUUAAAUACCAAGAGAUUAAUGGGAAACUUGUUCCAGAAGGAGUGACCGUAGAUUAUGUUGAUGGAGCCUCUACAAGCCUGAGUUUAGAAGAAGAACUUUUCUUCAAAGCGGUCUCCCUCUGCCACACGGUGCAAAUAAGUCAUGAGCAGCCCAACAGUUGUGUUGAUGGGCUACGGUUCUCCAAUGGACUGUCCUCGCAGCUGGAGUAUUAUGCAUCAUCACCUGAUGAAAAAGCAUUGAUUGAAGCUUCCAGAAGAAUGGGUGUGGCAUUUUCUGGUACAAACGGAGAAAUUAUGGACAUCAAAAUCCUUGGAAAACUGGAAAGGUACAAGCUUCUUCAUGUGUUGGAGUUUGAUCCAAAUCGACGUAGAAUGAGUGUCAUUGUUGAGAGUUCUUCAGGGCAAAAGAUACUUUUCACUAAAGGAGCUGAGUCUGCUAUCCUUCCUAAUGCCAAAAGUGGAGAAAUCAAUAGAACAAGACUGCAUGUAGAUGAAUUUGCUUUAAAAGGGCUUCGUACAUUGUGUGUGGCUUACAGGAAGUUCACACCAGAAGAGUAUCAGGAAAUAGACCAGCAUCUCCUUGAUGCCCGUACUGCAUUACAUCAAAGGGAAGAGCGCCUGGCUGAUGUAUUUGAACUGAUAGAAAGAGACCUAGAGUUAUUGGGAGCAACUGGUGUUGAAGACAAGCUCCAGGAUAAGGUCCUGGAAACAAUUGAGGCACUACGUUUGGCAGGAAUAAAAGUGUGGGUGCUGACAGGCGAUAAACACGAGACGGCUGUCAGUGUCAGUUUAUCCUGUGGACAUUUCCACAGAACCAUGAAUGUUCUUGAACUUGUUCAACAAAAGUCAGACCAUGAAUGUGCUGAGCAACUACGACAGCUUGAUAGGCGACUGAGGGAGGAUCAUGUGAUCCAACAUGGCCUAGUUGUUGAUGGAGCCAGCCUUUCUCUUGCACUCAGGGGACAUGAAAAACUAUUCAUGGACGUAUGUAAAAACUGUUCUGCGGUACUGUGCUGUCGAAUGGCACCAUUACAGAAAGCAAAGGUAGUAAGGUUAUUCAAAACCUCUCCAGAGAAGCCAAUAACCCUUGCCAUUGGUGAUGGUGCAAAUGAUGUCAGCAUGAUACAAGAAGCCCAUGUUGGAAUUGGAAUCAUGGGUAAAGAAGGAAGACAAGCUGUAAGGAACAGUGACUAUGCAAUUGCGAGGUUUAAAUUCCUCUCAAAACUUCUUUUGGUGCAUGGCCACUACUACUACAUUAGAAUAGCAACUCUUGUACAGUACUUUUUUUAUAAGAAUGUGUGUUUUAUCACACCACAAUUUUUGUAUCAGUUCCUUUGUUUAUUUUCCCAGCAGACACUGUAUGACAGUGUGUAUCUGACUUUGUACAAUAUUUGUUUCACUUCCUUACCAAUUCUGAUGUACAGUCUGUUUGAACAACAUGUGCACCCACAUGUCUUACACACCAAACCUGGUCUCUAUAGAGACAUAAGCAAAAAUGCCCUUCUCGGUUUUAAACCGUUCCUUUACUGGACCUUUCUAGGCUUUGGGCAUGCCUUUAUCUUCUUUUUUGGGUCUUACUUUCUUAUGGUUAAAGAUACAUCUCUCCUUGGAAAUGGCCAGAUGUUUGGAAACUGGACAUUUGGAACUUUGGUCUUUACAGUCAUGCUUUUAACUGUUACUAUGAAGAUGGCCCUUGAAACACAGUUCUGGACCUGGAUAAAUCAUUUUGUCACCUGGGGUUCCAUUGCAUUUUAUUUUAUCUUUUCACUGUUUUAUGGUGGAAUUAUCUGGCCAUUUUUACACACCCAAGACAUGUAUUUUGUAUUUGUCCAGCUGCUUUCCAGUGGGUCUGCAUGGUUUGCCAUAAUCAUCAUGACCACAGCUUGCUUGUGUCUCGAUGUCCUGAAGAAAGUGAUUUAUCGACAACUAUACCCUACAAGUACAGAGAAGGCACAGCUUACUGAGACAGGAUCAGGUAUCAACUGCUUGGACUCAAUGUGCUGCUACACAAGCGGGGAGACAGCGUGCGCGUCUUUUAGAAGACUGCUGGACCGAGUGAUGGGGCGAUGCACCGCGCCGCGGGUCACCAGGUGUGGAACCUCUCUAAAUAGCCUUUGCUGCCAGCGCUUCUCCUAUAAACUGGAAAAUGAUGAACCUGCAGCUUUAGAUGACUAGGGGAUUUCUUUCUCUGGGUGUAAUGAGAAACAGGAUGCUCAUAGGUAUCUCUAUAGCGAGGCGGAGCAACAUGAGUUGAUGAACUGUUCUUACUCUUAUUUAAUUUCCGAUGUCUUCUGUACAUUUUAUCUUGAAGUACAGCAUCUAUGCUGUGUGUGUCUUUUAAUUGUCUGACUCCUUCUUUCUGUUUUCUUGUCUGCAUAAUUCUGUAAUGGACAACAUCUUCCUGUAUGAUUGUUUUUGAUUGCUGGGAUCCUUAACUGAACAUUUGGGGCUUUGGUUCUUACAUUGAUACACAAUAAGAUUUUUUUUUUUUUUUUUUUAACUCUGUCAAUAUGAAAGACUAUCUUUAAUCCCCCAAAAAAUCCCCCCCCCCCCCCCCAAAAAAUGGAAUGGCAUUCUGAAAAGUCUUUUGUGUAUCAAGCUUCUCUGUACAGUUCAUAGCUCAUUCAUGGCUUAAACCUACAAAUAUGAUGAGAGAGUGACAUGUAAUGCACAUUGCAUGUAUACCUGCCCCAGGGAUCAAUUCCAAGUUAUCAUGUACGUGUCAACAUAUGCUUAUAGUGAUGCUGUCCACAUAAUCGCUACAGUGAGGUUAUUCAGGUGUGGAUCAUGUCUAGUGGCCUUAUUGCCCACAGCAACCAGUAAGAGUCCACGUUUCAUUUUAUUCACUGUGGUUUUGAUAAAGGUUAACUGAUUGGUUAAUAGCAUAAAAGGCCAAUUUUUCAGUUCUCAGGCCCUUUAUACCUUCUACUUCAGUCCCCUAGAUCCAGACAGCAGUUUUAUGUUUUUGUUUUUUGUGCCAUCAGCAGGUUUACUUUACUUAAAUUUCCCAGGUUUAGGUCAUUCCAUUUAUGUCAGUGUGUGUUUUCAACGAGCAAUAUGCAAAAUAGUCUUUUGUUUUAUAUUUAGAACAUAUAAAUGACAAGUUAUAAAAUGCAUCUUUUCGUUUUACAUGACUGUAUGUGUAGCUCAGAGCAUUGACAAGAGUACAUAUUUAUAAAGAACAUGUUAUAAGGCAAAGUGUAAUUUUUUUAGUAUUCUUAUCCAAUAUCUCCAUUUUCAUAAAUAAACGCAUCUUUCCAAAGUCACAAAUGCUGUUUUGUUUGGC